AUGCCCUUUACUCCUGAAAACGAAAUACUAUCCAAUAAUACUAUAGAGUCUGUUGAUCAAGUGAAUUUAGAAGGAUUACAAGUACACGAUGAACUUGAUCUGUUGUCAACCACGCCGAACAGGUUAUCGUUACCUCGAAAGAACCCACAUCCGAAGUCAAAGAAAUUAAGUUUGAACUCAAGCUUAACAGGCUCAGGCUCAGGCUCAGGCUCAAGCUCAAGCUCGAAAUGGAAAGGGAAAGGGAAGAAUAGAGACUUAUCUCUGAGAGAGGAAGGAGAAUGUCCCCUUCUUAACCUCCCAGAAGACAUCAUCCACAUUUUAUUAUCCAGGAUACCUCCGAGAGAUCUGACUAAACUCGCUUUGACAUGUAAAGAUCUGUAUGAAGAGCUGGAGGAUGAAUCAAUCUGGAGACAGAGCUAUAUUAACCGAUUUGUAUCGGAUGGCGCAGCUAGAAGUCGGCAAGCUAAACAAGACGUAGAAGUUCUUGUACAAAGUUGCUUGAAUAAUGGUGGAAGAGGUUGGAGAAGAGAGGCUUUAAGCAGAGAAGCUAUGUUAGAUCGAUGGACAGGAUCAAAAGCUAGUAUGGUGAUGCAUACUCCACCAGCAGGAUUGAUCGAUUCGCUCUCACUGUCAUAUCCACCCUUUGUACCUGCUGCUCCUAAAUCAUUGGUAGUUGGCAAAAAUCAUCAAACUCCGAUCAAAGGAAAAUCGUCUCCCGCUCCUCUGGCAGCCGCACCUUCCACUCCUACCCCGGUCAAUUGUGAAAGCUCAUUAUCAGUAUUACCACAUGACGAAGCACCGCCCUCCACGCCAGCGAAAUUGACACAUCGCCAAAAAUACGAAGCUAUAUUAGCAGCUACAACACGACCACCGCCAUAUGUACUUAGUGCUUCUUUGAUACAAGGCGGAGUUGUCAGAAGCGAUCCAUUAAGCGGCAAAGUGUCCAAGGGCUUUUGGGGUCCAGGCAGAGACGCCAAUUUCCACCUUCGACCUCAUCUUGACCCUUCUGCGGAACCAUCGUCCCUCUACAUUCCCACUCGAUCUCAGUCCUUUGUCAUAUGGGGGCUUCGCACAGGCUCAUGUGUCCAUACUACAAUGCAAUCAAGGCAUCAUGCCACUCAUGGGGGACGUGCGUCUUCCGUAAACGUCCAUUCUGACUUACCCGACAGUCACAAUGGAGAUAUCACGGAUAUUUGGGCUCCUGAUCAAUCAAUUGCAGAGAAUUUGAGAUGGGUGACAGGAGGCGAAGAUGGCAAAGUGAAAUUAUGGCAAUUGCAUCCAGGAUCAGGAACUCGGUCAGGAAAAAGAACACCCAAUGAUGUGAUACCAGCCUCAAUAGUAUGUCUGUUCUCGUCUGAAGUAGUGGAUCAACCCUUAAACAAUCGAUCCGAAGCCUCCAAGAGACGUCAAAAUGGGAGGCCCGAUUUCAUCAUCAUUGCGCGUUACGAUUCAACAAGUGACGUCGUCUGCGGAGUAACGGUAGAUGGUGAUCUACGAGUCUGGUUCUCUGCAAGUAUAGGUCCUAUCGAAGUCGGAGUAGAUGUUGGCAGUGAGGAAUUGGAAGGAGGAGUGAAGACGAUGUCGUUGGAUGUAGGAAAGGACGAGCAAGGUCUGGUUGCUAGUCUCUUGAUACAUCAUCAACAUUCAGCAACCUUCGCCCGAUAUGACAUCCGUCCAGAUGGAGAUGUUCAAAUCACAACGUAUGUCAUUCCAACGGGUUCAUCGAUAUCUGCAAUCCAUACAUCUUUCAAGUCGACACCUCCGAUCUCUGCUUCCUCGAUUGGCACACCGCCAUCAACACAUAUACUUACCCCUGGUGAGACCCCCGAAUCGAUUUCGCCAGCUGGGGAACAACAUGAUUCUCUCUCAUCUGCAAGCCUGACAAACAGUAGAUAUGGGAGAUUUGUAAUGGCUGGAGAUGAAACGGGUUAUAUUCAUAUCUGGUCUUGGGAUAGUGAGGACGGACAACCAAAGCAAAUUCCUAUCAGAUCAUGGGAAGCAACGCAUGGUAGAGUUACAGCAUUGGAUUUUUCAUGUGGACUCGUCGCAGUCGGAAGUUACGAUGGAUAUAUCAAAAUCUUCGACCCCCUUCCUUAUCACUCAGACCUUCUUCGCACCUUCCAUGCAAGCCGUCUUACACCGGGAGAAUUACUAGUUGCAGCAUCUGAAGAACCUGAUGGCAGGUAUUACACGGUAAAUAAAGUGAUUUUGGAGAACGACCUCGUCGUGGCUAGUCUAGGAAGAAAGGUAUUUGCUUGGCGUGCGGGUACAGGCAAAGGUAGACAAGGUGGCAAGGAAAGUGGUUGGAGGAGAACAAGUGGUGGUAGAACUGAUGGGAAAGGAAGCUCCAGAGGCUUAGAUAUGAAAGCUAUCCACAGAGCGGCUGUAGCUGAUAAUUCUGAUCUUGAAGAGUCUCCGUCAUCAAAACAUGAAGUUAGGGAACAGAGGGUAUUGGAUGAAAUGGGACUAGACGGCGAUGACGCUUUACAAUAUGCUCUCAUGCUAUCAAUGGACGACUCAUCAAUUCCAUCUUCUCAUGUACAAGAAGGGUCGAUUAAUGAUGUGGAAGAGAAUGAUACAUCAAUUACUACCCCUUCAGUCGGCCCUGAAGAAGAAGACGAGGAUGAUGGAUUGGACCAAGAAACCAGAGAAGCUAUAAGGCAAGUUGAAGCUUUCAAGAAACAAGAAGAGGAGGAAUUGAACAAAGUGUUAGAGAUGAUCAGACUUUCAGAAGAAAGUGAGCAUAACAAGCCAUAG